AUGGCUCGAUCCCGGCACUCGACAGAGCACUCCUCCUCGCGCUCCCGCCGCGGCGCCGCCGCCCGCGCCGUGCGCACGCUAUCCCGCUUCUUCGGGCUGCGCACGGGCUCAUCCCGGCGCGCCGAGCGCGAGCGCGAAGCCGCGCGCGCGGCCCGCCACCUAGCGCGGCAGCGGGAGCGCUCCGAGCGCGAGUUCCGGCACCGCGUGGCCGAGGGGCGGGCCUCGGGCCAGGCCGAAGCGAUCCGGCGCGCCUCGCGCGAAGCCUUCGAGCGGCGCGAGCGGCUGCCCGACAGCCAGAUCUACCUGCUGGCGGCGAUCGAGGGCGCGCACAUCGACCGGCCGGGCCACCGCCGCCGGCUGGCGCACGGCCUCGCCGUGAGGCUUGUCAAGUACGGCGACGCGUACUACUUCCUCGCGAACUCGGGGUACUACUACAAGAGCGCGCACAAGUACGGCCAGGGCGCGGACCUGGACUUUGUGGUCGACACUUGGGUCCCGCUGACGGUGCGCAUGUUCGCGCAGCCGUACCGGCAGAUGUGUCGGCGCUAA